UCCGCGGCUCCUCCCCCGCAGAAAUCCCCCGGCCGUGCUGUAUAUGCGAGGCGCUGCCGCCGCCGCCGCUCACUCGCAGCGCCCGCAGCUCCGCCGCCAUGAUCGCCGCCCGCCGCGCCACCGAGCCGCCCGCCAUGGACGGCUACGAGCACCCCAAGAAGGAGCGCCAGGGCGCCUUCGCGCUCGACGACCGCCACGACAGCGGCCUGGACUCCAUGAAGGAGGAGGAGUACCGGCAGCUGGUGAAGGAGCUGGAGGACAUACGGCUGCAGCCCCGCGAGCCACCCGCCUGGGCACAGCAGCUGACGGAGGACGGGGACACUUUUCUCCACUUGGCCAUUAUUCACGAGGAAAAAGCCCUGAGCCUGGAGGUGAUCCAGCAGGCAGCCGGUGACCGGGCUUUCCUGAACUUCCAGAACAACCUCAGCCAGACUCCUCUUCACCUGGCAGUGAUAACUGAUCAGCCUGAAAUUGCUGAGCAUCUUCUGAAGGCCGGAUGCGACCUGGAGAUCAGGGAUUUCCGAGGAAACACCCCCCUGCACAUCGCCUGCCAGCAGGGCUCCCUCACGAGCGUCAGCGUGCUCACGCAGUACUGCCAGCCCCAGCACCUCCUGCCUGUCCUGCAGGCAGCCAACUACAACGGACAUACGUGUCUUCAUUUAGCAUCUAUCCAGGGAUACCUGGCUAUUGUGGAGUAUCUGCUGUCCUUGGGAGCAGAUGUGAACGCACAGGAGCCAUGCAAUGGCAGAACAGCACUACAUCUGGCAGUCGAUCUGCAGAAUUCAGAACUGGUGUCGCUUCUGGUGAAACAUGGGGCAGACGUGAACAAAGUGACCUAUCAGGGCUAUUCCCCCUAUCAGCUCACAUGGGGAAGAGACAACUCAAGCAUACAGGAACAGCUGAAGCAGCUGACCACAGCUGACCUGCAGAUGUUGCCAGAAAGUGAGGAUGAAGAGAGCAGUGAAUCGGAGCCUGAGUUCACAGAGGAUGAACUUAUAUAUGAUGACUGCCUUAUUGGAGGACGACAGCUGGCAUUUUAAAGCAGAGCUUUCUGAAAAGAAGUGACUGUAUACAUAUGUAUAGAAAAAGGACUGACUUUCUUCACCUAAAAAGAAAGUCACAAUGUGGAGAGAAAAAAAAGGAGGGAAAUACUACACUGCCCAGUAAGGAGAAGGAGCACGUUAUUGUAACAGGACAGUUCCAGGAUCUCCCUUACGUUUAAAUACAGGAGUGGGAUGUGUAACAUCAGUACAGAUCUGUGAUUAUUCACACCACCUGAUAAAGAGCCACAUAGCCAAUCUUCUCAGCCAUGCAAAGGUAACAGACUACACAUCCAGCAUGCUCAUUACAGGAGCUUUCUUGUGGCAUCAAGUACUACAGGGAACAAGUGACCUUUCAUGGCAAGGUGGACUCAUGCCAACACCGCUUUUCAAAGACUCUACCGUUCAUUUGUGCUGGGCUGGUGGCAGUCCCUGUCCUUUCUGACUGACCUCAGCUGCUCUC